GGCACCAAACAGACAACAGGCAUGUAGUAAGCCAGAUGGGAGCUGAGAACUUCACCUCUGUUAAAGAAUUCAUGUUGGUGGGACUCACAAGUCAUCGAGGGACCCAGCUUCUGCUCUUUGGGGUGCUCCUUGUCAUCUACUUGCUUAUCCUUUUUGGCAACCUGCUGAUCAUCACAUUGGUGUGGGCUGAUUCCCAGCUACAUACUCCCAUGUAUUAUUUUCUCAGCAAUCUUGCUGCAAUGGAAAUUGGAUUGGUCACCAGCACGCUGCCUCAGAUGUUGGCUCAUCUGGUCACUGGGAAUGGCGUUCUCUCCUUAACACGUUGCAUGCUGCAAGGUUAUAUUGCAUUGAACAUAGGCAGUGCUGAAAGCUUGCUAUUAGGUGUCAUGGCCUAUGACCGUUACUUGGCCAUCUGCUCUCCCUUGUUAUAUGCUACAGCCAUGAGCAAGUUCCACCAGGUCCUGCUUGUCAGCACAUGUUGGAUAAUUGGCUUUGCAUUUUCCAUGGUUUAUGUUGUCAGUACUUUUCGUCAUUCCUUCUGUGGUUCUAAUCUCAUUAAUCACUUCAUGUGUGAGUUGCCUAUUGUGCUGAAACUUGCUUGUGGUGACAUAAAAAUGACUAAAGUAAUUGUCUCUGGUCUAUCAGCAUUCAUGGUCUUCAUUCCCCUUUCAAUCAUCUUGUCUUCCUAUGGAUUCAUUCUGCAUUCUAUAUUACACAUGAGGUCAAGUGCAGGAAGGAGUAAGGCCUUCUCCACUUGUGGAUCCCACCUCACUGUAGUCACCUUGUUCUAUGGCACCAUUAUUUCUAUGUACAUUAUCCCCCACCCAGACUCAGGUCCUUCUCACAAUAAGGAAAUGUCUGUCUGUUACCUAGUAGUUACUUCCUUGCUUAACCCUGUCAUUUAUACUUUGCGCAACAAGGAGAUUCAUUCAGCAGUGAUCAAGAUGGUGAGAAGAUGGGGCUUUGAACAAUGAACAUGACCACUGACAUCUUGCUGGACUGAUAUUUUGUGAUGUUUUCUUGAAGCAGAGGGAGGCUGACUAUAAAAAUAAUACCACCCUAUUUUAACAUUCCCAAUCUUUUUUAGAGAUGAUAAGGUGAAAAAGCAGGCUGGACUGUAGAAAUGACCUUGAAGAAAAUAUGUGGCACUUAUCAGCAAAACAUGAACAGAUCCCAGGAAAACAGGAAUAUGUGAGGAAAGGAACUCAAGAGUGGUCCAUAAUAAUACUUUUUGGUAUAAGAGAAAGAAAAGAGAAAUGCUGUCAUGUUUUCAAGGUAUAAACAUCCUGUAUCAAUAAAGUAGAAUUCUAAUA